AUGAAGUAUUUCUUGGGAAUUAAAGUCAAACACUGCUCAAGUGGACUCUUUAUAUGUCAAAAGAGGUAUGCUCAAGAAGUACUAGAAAGGUUUGGAAUGAAAGAAAGUAAUGUUGUGAAGAAUUCAAUUGUGUUGGGAACAAAACUGAUCAAGGAUGAAGGAGGUACUAAAAUCGAUGAAACCAUGUACAAACAAGUGGUUGGCAGUUUCAUGUAUCUAACGGUAACCAAACCAGACUUACUAUAUGGGGUUAGUCUCAUUAGCGGGUUUAUGGCCAAUCCCACCACAAUGCAUUGGACAGCAGCAAAGAGGAUGUUCAGAUAUUUAAAAGGCACAUAUGAACUGGGAAUACUUUACAAAAAAGGAGAGGCAAAUUACAGACUUGUUAGAUACACAGACAACGAUUAUGUCGGGGAUUUAAAUGAUAGGAGAAGUGCAUCAGGGUAUGUAUUCUUUAUGGGAUCAGGGGCUGUAUCUUGGACGUCAAAAAACAGCCAACCAUAG